CGUCUCGUUACCAUGGUAACGGUAACGUACACAAAGAAAGUCCAGUGCGUCAAAUUGCUGCUCGCUACGUGGCUAAAAUCCCUCCGUUCGUUUAUCAUCGCAGAGAAAACCCAUCUAGCUAAUUAAUUAGGGGUUAGCAUGAUUUCAUGGAUUGACUUGUUAUAGCCUAGCUUAUAUAACAGUACAAUAACUAUUUGUUUCUUGAUUCCAUCGGGCUCAGAGCGGCAUGUCUUAUGCACAGUCUCCCAAAAAGACGGGACUACCAAGGGAAGUUGUGAAAUGGCUGCAAAGCCUCGACUUGUCAUUUUAUCCGAAGAAUAUUCGCAGAGAACUUUCCAAUGGUUAUCUUGUGGCAGAGAUAUUGUCUCGUUAUUACCCUCAAGACUUUCAAGUGCAUUCCUAUGACAAAGGAACAUCACUUUCUGCCAAACAGAGGAACUGGAGCCAGAUAGUGAAGUCUUUACAGAAGCAGAAUUUGCACUUGAUGCAAGAGGCCAUUGAUGGAUCCAUCCACUGUAAACCAAGAGCAGCUGAGCUGCUGGUGCAGGAGGUUUAUACUAUCUUAACUAAGAGGAGCAUCAGAGAUGUUCAAGGCUCAGAGUCAAACUUCUCUGACCAGGAGUACCAGGAGCUUCUACCCGAACUGGCCCGCUCCACGGCCUCUAAGGCCAUCAAGAACAACCUGAGGAUAACAGAGAUCAUGGCUGAGCCCGAUGUCAGCACAAACCAGAAAAAGGCAGAAGUCAUCCUAAGCAGGUACCUGGACCACAAGGCUGCAGAGAGGGUUUCUAACCCAGGACGUUUUAAAGUGAAGCCUAAUCUUGUGACAUCCAGCUGCGACGAUGACACUACAUCAAAGUUCUGCUCCUCAUCGACAUGGAGUGGUGCUGCUGUUUCCUUUAAGGAAAUAAAGGUGCACCAGCCUGCCAGGCGCUCCCUGGUUAACUAUUAAAGAAACUGGAUGGAGAUCUGUGCUAUAAUUGUGUUGUGUGUUUUCCCUAGGUUUGUGGAAUGAUUAAGUGCACGUAUUUUGGGGGGCGUUCAAAAGUAUAACCUAUUUUAACUAUUAUGCCUCAAGUAUUUACUGAAGUUUACUUUGUUUUGGAAGACAGAGGACGUCACUGUUUGUUAUGGCUUUAACAUGGUUUGUUAUGUAAUGUUCUAGUGCCUCUUUCAUCAUUUUUAAGCCAUGUCCGUUUGAACCAGUAGGUGGCAGCAACAAGUCACGAGCAGAGCUCUUUCAGACUCAAACCCACUUCGAAACGUGUACCAUUGACAAAAAGAUAGUAAAUGCAGCCGA